AUGGAGGGCCCCGCGAAGCCCAAGCUACCAGACGCGUACGCGGACCUCGAAGUGAGCCCAGCAGCCUCUAGUGCCGAGAUCAAGACCGCCUUCCACCGCCUCGCUCUCCUCCACCAUCCCGACAAGAAGGCGCCAGGCGAAGCUGUCGAUGCAGCCGACUUCCGACGAAUCCAAGAAGCCUACGACAUUUUGAGAGACCCCAAAGGCAAGACGCGCUACGAUCAGUCGUAUAGCAGUAUAAGGACACAAUGGGACACCUACAGGAGGGAACAUGCCGAAUACAUGCGGAACCCGAAUGCAUGGCGGCAGAAGCAAUCCGCAGAGAGGAUUCGUGCUCAGGCCGAAUCGGAUCGCCGUGCGGCGGCCAUGCGAAGGGCGGCGCAGGAGCAAGCGUGGGCAGAGACAGAGGCUUUCUACGAGGACGAAUACGAGUACGAGUACGACGACGACAGUGAUUACGAAUACUACUCCGGCGGCUAUGGCCUUAGCUUUGGAGGUGGCCGCUUCGGUCGUGGCUUUGACGGCUUUGACAGCUACGACCCGGAGGAAAUCCUCUUGGCAGAGUUGCUCCGAAGACGCGAGAACUUCGAAGCUGCGGCUAGACGUAACGCUGAAGAAAGGGCCAGGAAGUCGGCCAUCGAAGACAUCAACAAGCAAUGUGUCGAGCGACUGAAGAAGGCGGCUGCGGCUCGACAAGCAGAGGGUGAUGGGUGGGAAGGAAAGAAUGGGAGACAAACUUGCCUGUUUUGCGCUGCUCACGUACAGGAAUACAGUUAUCGCUGUCCAAGUGGCGGAGCUGUUGCCUGCCGGGGUUGUAAGAAGAAGAUCGAAGCGUCAUCCCCAAUUCACCCGUUCAAUUUUCACGGCACUGGCGUGGCGCCAAAGAAGGGAAAGGGAAAGAAAGGCAAGGGCGGAAAGAAGCCUCAGACGACUAAACGCCACUCUGAUCCGGAAGGAUCCGACUCGGUCGAGCGAGACCAGGACGAGGAGCAAACCAAUGGAGAUGAGGCAGAGCAACCACACAACGCGGAAGAGGAGGCCGCAAAGCGGGCAGCGGAAGAGCUUGCGCGUAAGCAGGAAGCCGAGCGACAGAAACAGGAGCGCAAAGCCGAGGCGGCGCGACGGAAAGCAGAACGUGAAGAACAGGCCAAGCUCGCCCAAGAAGCUGCAGAGAAGGCUUCGCAGGAAAAGGCGGCGAAAGAAAAAGCCGAAGCGGCGAAAGCUGCACGAGAGCUCGCAGCUGCGCAAGAAGCUGCCCGACUAGUAGCGGAAAAGAAGAAGGAAGCUCGCGAGCAGGAGGCCAGGGAGAAGAAGGCAGCUCGGAAGAAGGUUGCUGAAGAGAAGGUGGCAGAAGAGCAUGAAGUCCAAGAACAGAACGCUCCCGAACAAGACGCCCAGAAAGUCCAGGAGGCUGCCGAGCAAGAAGCAAAACAAAAGGCUGAGAAAGAAACGAAAGCAAAGACCAAGCGUGAAGCAAAAGAGCGUGCUGCGCUCGAUGCGAGGGAGCGUGAAAUACGAGAAGCUGAAGAAUACGCAGCACACGAGGCUCAAAAACGGGCGGAACGUGAAGCCAAAGAACGAGAGGCCGAGGUACUCGCAGCACAGGAGGCCAACUUCCGCGCCGAACUGGAAGCAAAAGAGACGGCAGAACGCGAGGCCAGGGAAAUGUUAGAGCGCGUGGCCAGAGAGACAGUGGAACGUGUUACUAGGGAGACUAUACAACGUGUCACCAAGGAGACGGUCGAGCGUCUCAACAGGGAAAUGGCAGAGCGUGACGCAAAGGCUGCUGCAGAACAACAAGCCGAAGCCUUCGCAGAAGCAGGCAAUGCGAACGGGUACGAGAACGAAGAGGAGGUUUUGGAGCCCUACUCAGCGAACACGCCGUCCGCCGAGCCCUCGAUCGCCACUAAUUCAGCAAUUCCGAAAAAGGCCAAGAAGAAGGCCACUCGUCCACCAGCCACCUGCUACACCUGCAACGAGCAAGGCCAUUUCGCCCGCGAUUGUCCUACGAAGCAUGCCGAAGCCACCGCCGAUAAUAUAUCCCCGCCUCACGCUGGUACAGGGCCUGCGCCGAAGAUUGAAGUGACGAGUAAACCGCCGCCACCAACACCUGCACCCGCAAAGGUUGUGGUUAAGCUUCCAGCCCCUCGUAAACCGAAAGCAAAAGAGGUUGCGAACGACACCACUGCUGUACAUCCAGAGGCCACUGCACCUUCCAUGGACGCCGUUGCUCCUCCAAGGCCUGCUAAACCAAUCAGAGCGCCAAAGAAGAAAGCUUUACGUCCAGCGCCUCCGGGGGGCCAAGGUGUCAAUAGCGUGCCUACUUUGAUUGAUCAACCCACCAUUCUACCUCCAAUCAACGGUACCGCAAACGUGUCUUUUUCCGAGCAGACAAGCAAGCCAGCCAAGAAGCCGAAGGUGAAAGCCCCGUUGGCUUGUUAUGUUUGCAAAGAGGUAGGACACAAAGCGAAGAGCUGCCCUGCACAGCAUGAAGGACACAUGUUCGAUGUUGUCAUGUAA